UUAACUCUGCCAAAAACCUAACCUCCUCUCUCUCUCUGUCUCACUUUCUUUUUGUUCGAUCUUGUUCUUCUUCUUCUCCAGCAGCUAUAAUCCGGCGUCGUUUUACCCAACCUUGACGAACCUCCUGUUGAUGUUUCGGACGAGUAUUGGUUCCAGUUUCAGAGUUUUAGCAUUGCCACCAAGAUCCUUCAACUGCCUCCCCCGCUCACUCAAGCGUUCAUCAGUUCGUAUGGAGAAUCUCACCUUUUCUACCGAAUCCAAUGCCAAGCCUAGAGGUGCAUUGAUAGUCGUUGAAGGUCUCGACCGCAGCGGAAAAUCAACUCAAUGCGCAAAGCUACGCUCUUUCUUGGAGACUUCAGGACACACGACCGAACUCUGGAGGUUUCCCGACAGAGAGACAAGUGUCGGCCAAAUGAUAUCCGCGUACUUAUCUAACAAGUCUCAGUUAGAUGAUCACACCAUUCAUCUCCUCUUCAGCGCUAACCGUUGGGAGAAGAGGUCGUUAAUGGAGGAGAAGCUUAAGACAGGAACUACGCUUAUAGUUGAUCGUUAUUCCUAUUCUGGUGUGGCUUUCUCGUCAGCUAAAGGGCUAGGGAUCGAGUGGUGCAAGGCUCCGGAGAUAGGGUUGCUGGCUCCGGAUUCUGUGGUUUUCCUUGAUAUUUCACCUGAGAGAGCUGCUGAGAGAGGUGGAUAUGGAGAUGAGAGGUACGAGAGGGUUGAUUUUCAGACGAAAGUUGCGGGGUUUUAUCAAACUCUACGUGAUUCUUCGUGGAAGAUAAUCGAUGCAGGUGAAAGUAUGGAGGAAGUAGAGAAGAAGAUUCAAGGAGUGGUGUUGGAUAAAGUUAAGGAGUGUGCUCUAGGCAAGCCUCUUUCUCUCCUCUGGUCAUCUUAGAAUGUUUCUUCUGUCUUGGUAAUUAUACAAGUUUGUGUUUCUUAAGGAACUAUAUCAAGCUUUCAAACUAUUGUACCUGGAAAAUUAGCGACAACUUAACACGUAUUUUGCAUAACUGAUUUCAC